AUGAAGAAAGGAGCGAAGAGAAAGGGAGCCUCAAAAGCAAUUCGCAAAGGAGGUUUGUGGAAGGCUGCAUUUCCUGUGGGGACGGAGUGGGACCAGUUAGAUGCACUUUAUGAAUUUAAUUGGGAUUUCAAACAUCUUGAGGAAGCUUUGGAGGAAGGUGGAUUGCUCUUUGGGAAGAAAGUCUUUCUUUUCGGCUGUACAGAACCCCAGUUAGUCCCCUUCAAAGGCGCAAACAAGAUUCUCCAUGUCCCAGCAGUUGUUGCUGUUGUAUCACCCUUUCCACCUUCUGAUAAGAUAGGAAUCACGUCGGUUCAGAGGGAAGUGGAAGAAAUCAUUCCAAUGAAGACGAUGAAAAUGGACUGGCUUCCUUACAUUCCGCUUGAGAACAGAGGUAGGCAAGUUGAUAGGAUGAACUUUCAAAUUUUUGUCUUGGGCUGUACGCGGAGAAGAGCUGCUCUCAGACAUAUGAAGGAAGAUCUCGUUAAAAAGUACGAGUAUUGCCUUCCUUAUUUCUAUCAGCCAUUCAAAGAAGAUGAGCUCGAACAGAGUACUGAGGUCCAGAUAAUGUUCCCCUCUGAACCGCCGGUUGUAUGUGAAUUUGACUGGGAGUUUGACGAACUUGAGGAAUUUGUCGAUAAGCUGAUCGAAGAGGAAGCCUUACCUGCAGAACAGAAGGAUGAGUUCAAAGAAUAUGUCAAACCGCAAGUCCGAGCCGCAAAGAAAGCUAAUCGAGAGGCCAAAGAUGCUCGAAGGAAGGCAAUAGAAGAAAUGAGCGAAGAUACUAAGCAAGCCUUUCAAAGCAUGAAGUUCUACAAAUUCUACCCUCUACCUUCAACAGACACACCAGACGUCUCUGGCGUCAAGGUAACCUGCCUUCUUCAAAUAGUUUAA